CCUAUGUUUUGAUCAGAAGAAAUCAAGCCCAAAUGGCUCUGUUACUUAAAGCUUGCUGAUCCCUGGUCUAGUCCAAUAAUCAGACAUGGAGUUUAUUAUCAUUUAGAUGAAUAAUUUAAGAAAAAGAUAAUUUUGUGUUUUAAUUCCAUAAUGUUUUGACUUCCUCCACCUUCUAAUACCAACUGCUAUAACCAAUAAGGAGUAUUUCUAUGCUCCUGGUAUGAUAAUAUCACAUAAUUUCUUGAAGAAAUCCAAAGUUCUGGAACAGAUUCAGGCAGAAGGCUCUUCCAGUCUGUCAUCGAGCUUUAAACAAGGCCUCAUACACAAAAUGCCAACUGACGUCAUCAUGGGGCGGACCAAUGACUGCUUCAAGUGCAAUGGAAAUGUCAUCCUGCUAGCUUUGAGGAAGCUGUACUGCUUCUCUGUUAAAUGAUUGAAAAUGCGAAUAAAAACGUAGUUCAAAAGACAGCCUUUGAGAAUAAAAAAAAAUAACAAUAAAGGCUAAAUGCAUGAAAAACAAUUAUAUUAAAUAAAUACGAGUACACCCUUAACCUCAUUAAAAGUUGUAAAUUUUUCAUUACAUCGGUGUGUUCGAAUUUACGAGGGCACGUGAAGGUAGCACAAGGAUCAAGCUUGAGAAGAGUAAAACUCGCAGCAGCCGAGAAGAAACACAGCAAUCAACAAGUUUUUACGCUCUUCGGUGAACUACUACGAUGUGCGCAAACGUGUUUAGGAGGCGUUUAGUCGGUAGUCGGCAACUUUUGUCAUAGAUAUGUCGAAGUGCCGCCUCGCGUCACUUAGAGGAGUUCUGCUUUUAUUCGAAUGGAAGUGAGUCCGACAGGUUAGUUUAAAGGCAGCUCGUUUUAGCGGUUCCCGCCGCCAGCGUUUCUUCACUCCAAUGUCGGCGGUAAACUGCUUCGAGGAGCUGGACUUCAGGCUGAUCUUUGAGGAAGACGGACGGCAGGCAGCAGCUCCAGAUUUGGGCGUGAAAACUCCUCCAGCCUCCACGCAGGGUCUGGCUGAGCAGCUGCAGGACCUACAGGACUACCCCCCAUGUUUACCUGCAGGAUCGAGCUAUCAUAAUGCUGACUAUCAAGCCCAGGACCCGUGUUAUGGCCUCCAGGAGACCGCCAGAGCCUUCGACUGCCCCAGCAUACAGAUCACCUCCAUUACUCAUAACAAUCCUGUGGAAUCUGCCUCUAGCCAUGAGCUUUUUGCAAUGGGAGGUGCAGAAGGGGGCUACAUUGAGCCAUCUUGGCCAAGAGGUCAGCUGUACCUGCCUCUGGACCCCAGCUAUCGGGACACGACGCUCUGCCCUAGUCCCUGCAGCAGCCUCUCCUCCAAGAGCUGGGUGUCAGACUUUUCCUCCUGUGAGUCCUUCUCACAUGUUUCCGACGAUGUGGAGGGAGACCUCAGUGAUGCUGCUCUUCUGGCUAUUGGCUCUCCAGCCGGGUCACCUCUGGGGUCGCCGGGCUGUGGGGGCGGGGCGUUUGGGGUGGAGCUGUGGCAGCAGCAGUACCAGCACCCUUCAGCCUUCAGCCCGUCACUGUCGCCCCAGCAGUCGCCGAGCCACUCGCCUCGUGCCAGUGUCACCGAGGACAGCUGGCUGAACUGCAGGCCCAACUCCAGGCCAUCAUCCAGACCCUCCUCCCCAUGUGGGAAGAGACGCCACUCCGGCGCUGACCCCCACACUCGCUCCCCCUCUCCUCAUCACUCUGCCAGCCCCACCCCAGGCACCUCCCCACGUGGCAGCGUGACAGACGACACCUGGUUGGCAAGGCCCUUUCCCCUUGGGCCUCCAUUGACUUUUGGCUACCCGGAGCUCGAUGUCCCUUCAAAGACCAGGAGGAAAACAGGAAACCAGUUUGGUCUCCUGAACAGUGCAGGAGACGCGGUCGUCGAGUCGUACCAGGAUCCUCCCGGAGAGGACGGCCGGGAACAGCAGGGCAUCGCCGAACUCUUUCUGAAGGUGCCGUCCCACUUCAGCUGGAACAAGCCCAAACCUGGAAACCCUCCACUGUUCAGGACCGUGUCCCCCCCUCCCCUGGACUUCCCGCUGCCCAGUCACUACGAGCAGAUGGAGCUAAAGUUGGAGGUCCAGCCCAGGUCUUACCACCGAGCGCAUUACGAGACUGAGGGCAGCAGAGGAUCCAUUAAAGCAGCUACAGGGGGGCACCCCGUCAUCACCUUGAGUGGAUACCAGGAGCAUCCCGUCAGUCUGCUGCUGUUCAUCGGCACCGCAGACGACCGCCACCUUCGUCCCCAUUCCUUCUACCAGGUGCACAGGGUAACAGGAAAAACCGUCUCCACCAUCUGCCAGGAGAAAGUCAUGGGUGGAACCAAGGUCCUGGAGAUCCAUCUGCUUCCUGAAAAAAGCAUGUCUGCCAGCAUUGACUGCGCUGGGAUCCUCAAGUUGCGUAACGCCGACAUUGAGUUGAAGAAAGGAGAGACUGACAUCGGGCGGAAGAACACACGGGUGCGUGUUGUGUUCAGGGCCGCCCUGCCGCAGCAGGACGACUGGAUGCUGUGGCUUCAGACGGCGUCGAACCCCGUCGAGUGCUCCCAGCGGUCUGGCCAGGAGCUUCCUCAGGUGGACAGCUUCAGUCCUGCCAGCUGCCCUGUGGACGGUGGAGAGGAGCUGCUCAUCACUGGAUCCAACAUCUCUGCUCAGUCCAGAGUGUUUUUCACUGAGAGAGGGCCCGAUGGAAGGUCACUGUGGGAGAUGGAAGCUCGACUCGUGUCUGAGAAGUGCAAUGAAUCCAGCAUUGUUGCAGAGAUCCCUCCUUACAGCAAGAAGGCUGCCUGUCCGGUCCACGUUCAGUUUUACGUCACCAACGGGAAAAGGAGGAAGAGCCUCAUGCAGAGCUUCGCCUACGUGGCUGGAGUCAGACGUCAGCAUCCCGGAGUCAAAGAGGAGGGCUCCUAUGCUGCGGCUGCUCUGCACGCCGCCCGCGCUCAGACGUCCUGCCAGGAUCCGGACCUUCAGCCGGAUCUGGGAUGCUUUGCUCCUCACGACCUCCUGAUGCAUUGCCACCCGUCUUCCUCCCCUCGUCUCCAUCAUCUUCCUCCUUCCUCCCAUCCUCUGGAGUCUUUCAUGUUUCCUCUGUCAGCCCCUCAUCAGACGUCUGCUCCCUUUCAGACCAUGACCAUGCCUCCUCCACACCUCACUAUUCCUCCUCUGAUCACCUCUUUGUCUGCCGCCUCCUCUGGCCCCCUGCAGACCGCCCCUCACCACCCCUCCCCUGGAGAAUCUCUCAAUUCUACAUUCAUGAGCAUAGGGGGUACCUUCAAACCUGCUGCUGGCUGCCAGAAGACCCCCCCGCUUCCCGGGUCUGCAGAUGUGCUGCGCAUCAAGCAGGAGCCUGAGGACAGAGCGAGCCCCAAAUCCCUGGGCCUGCAGGAAAUCACACUGGAUGAUGUGAACGAGAUCAUCGACAGAGACUUCAGCGCUCUGAGCGGCUGUGUGGAGCCCAACCUGUGACCAGAACGGGUGGAGUCGCCCCACCUCACCGAGUCCCGCUGAGGACCUCAGCUUCUGAUUUACAAGUGCCUGCUGUCCCCGCCCCAGCACUGGGGACACCACGCCCCCCUUCCCUCGCCCGUCUCAGGAACUUAAACCAAAGAUUUCUCCCACUGUGAAGUUGGGCUGUGAUUGGACUUGAAUGCAGCUUUCUAUCAGGCACCAAAGCUGCAUACAAAUGAGAGAAGACCUUAAUUUUUUAGUCAGUUGAUUUAAAAAAAGAAACUAUUUUUGAUACGCUCAGUCUGGUCCUUUGAAACUAAAGCUGUUCAGGCGCAUCUUUUCAUGUUCGGUUCUUUUGGUGCUGAGGUGGAUCUGCUGUGAUGUGUAGCUAAAAGAUUUGAGUUUUAAGUUAAAAUAAAAAUAUUUGAAGCUUUGA